CCCCGCGGCGGUCGUCCCGCGCCCAGCUGGGCUACAAGUGGCCGAGUGCUGCAGCCCUGCGCAGCGCGCUCUGCACGCAGGCGUCUUGGCUUGCGGCUCCGCGGGCUCUACGAAGUUGAGCAGCUAGCUGCUCAGCCUGUGGCAUCUCCUGCGGGUCCCCAGCUCCCUGCCUCUCUUUCUCUCUCUCUCUCCCUUCCCUCGGAGCAGCGGGUCCUAGUGAGCCAGCAGCCCUCUCAGGGGCUUCCUGCCUGAAGUGUGCAACUAUGCUGCUAGGGGGAAUCCUGCUGGUAGUGCAAGCCUUGCAGUUUGCCAGUGCCCUGGACCUGCCCGCUGGCUCCUGUGCCUUUGAAGAGGGCACUUGUGGCUUUGACUCGGUGUUUGCAUUUCUGCCUUGGAUUCUAAAUGAGGAAGGCCAUUACGUUUAUGUGGACGCCUCUUUUGCCAAGCGAGGGGAGAAAGCCGUGCUGCUGAGCUCUGAUUUGCAGGCUGAGGAAUGGAACUGCCUUCGCCUGGUCUACCAGAUAACCACACCUCCGGGAGCCAUCUCGGAUCCCAGCCAGCUGAACCUCUAUGUGAGAUUUGAGGAUGAAAGUUUCGAUCGCUUGCUUUGGUCCACUAAGGAGCCUUCAGACAGCUGGCUCAUAGCCAGUCUGGAUCUUCAAAACAGCUCCAAGAAAUUCAAGAUUUUGAUCGAAGGUGUCCUGGGACAAGGAAACACGGCCAGCAUUGCCGUCUUUGAAAUCAAGAUGACAGCCGGCUACUGUAUUGAAUGUGACUUUGAAGAAAACCAUCUGUGUGGCUUUGUGAACCGCUGGAACCCCAACGUGAACUGGUUUGUUGGAGGGGGAACUGUGAAGAACACCCACUCCAUCCUCCCAGAGGAUCACACGUUCAGGAGCGAGCAGGGCCACUAUAUGUAUGUGGACUCUGUUUACGUCAAGCACUUCCAGGAGGUGGCCCAGCUCAUCUCCCCAGUGACCACAGCCCCCAUGUCUGGCUGCCUCUCGUUCUAUUACCAGCUUCAGCAAGGGAACGACAAUGUCUUCUCUCUGUACACUCGGGAUAUGGCUGGCCUGUAUGAGGAGAUCUGGAAAGUGGACGGGCCAGGCAAUGCCGUCUGGAACCUUGCAGAGGUGGAGUUCAGUGCUCCUUAUCCCAUGGAGGUUAUUUUCGAAGUUGCUUUCAAUGGUCCCAAAGGAGGCUAUGUUGCCCUGGAUGAUAUUUCUUUCUCUCCUGUUCCCUGCCAAAAUCAGACAGGGCUUCCUUUCAGCGCUGUGGAAAGCAGCUGUGAUUUUGAGGAAGGCCUCUGCAACUUUCAUCAAGACAAAGAAGGUCCCGGUUGGACCAGGGUGAGAGUGAAACCGAACAUGUAUCGGGCAGGGGACCACACGACAGGAACUGGCUACUACAUGUAUAUCGAGGCCUCCCACAUGGUAUAUGGACAAAAAGCACACCUCUUGUCCUGGCCCCUGAGAGGCGUCCCUGGGAAACACUGCUUGGCUUUCUUUUACCACAUGUAUGGAGCAGGAACGGGCCUGCUGAGCAUUUUUUUGAAAACUGAAGAAGACAGCAAAGAGUCCCUGUUGUGGAGAAGACAAGGAGAGCAGAGCGUCUCCUGGCUGCGGGCACUGGUCGAAUACAGCUGCAGGCGGCAACACCAGAUAAUCUUUGAAGCCAUUCGGGGAGUGUCGAUAAGAAGUGAUAUUGCCAUUGAUGAUGUUAAAUUUCAGGCAGGACCAUGUACAGAAAUGGAAGACACAACUCAACAAUCAUCAGGAUAUUCUGAAGACUUAAAUGAAAUUGAGUAUUAAAAAAUUAUCUACAUUGGAUUAAGUAGACAAAAUUUGUACCUCUCUUCAAUCAAAAUGAAAACAGAAGAAAUGAAUACUGGAUGUUCUUAACUCUUGCAUAAGUUGAAAUGACUUCAGAAUACCCCUUUCAUUACUUUUGAAAACUAUAUAUAUAUAUAUAUUGACUCAGGGCUUUCCUUUUUUAUUCCCCUGCACAUUUGACAACUGUUACUAGAAGUACAGGCUACUGGUUUUACAUAGAUCAUUUCAUCUUAAUGUUGGUGCCAGUUGAAAAUACAAACGUACUAUGUUAAAGUCAUUUCAAAGUGCACAUACGAAGGGCACAAUCAAAGUGAAUGUGCAUAUUUAAGUCUGCAUUCAGUGAAUGUAUUGGGAGACUGGGUCUUGGUGGUUUUUCCUUUGAGUUUCAAGUAUGAAAAUUUGUCUUAAAUCAUGCAAGGUGUCAGUAAUAUCUGCAAAAUGAAUGCAGUUUUUAUGGUAACGAGUUAUUCUGGAAAUAAAGCAUCAUUUAUGAUGCUUUAUAAAGCAUCAUUUAUGGGUUUUAGUCACAGAAGAAAGCUAUAAAUCUUUACUGUUUCACUAUAGGUAUAGGAAAGGAGCUUUCAUGGAGCCCCAGGGUAAGUCCAUGCUAAUUAGCACUGCAGUGCAAGACAAUGCUACCUGCUUUCUUCUCCCUUUGAACUACCUUGGACAGGCACUAUGAGCACAUGGACAGAAAUGCACCUUUCAGUAAGGCAAGCUUGAAUUUUUCACGUACACACACCCAACAAUUUUCAUAAACUUGUUCAACAAUUUGACUGAUUUUUAUAAUAGAUGUUUUGGUGAUGUUUUGAGUAAUAUGAGUUCAACUACAUUUACUAAACUAUUGUUUUCUAGUUACUUAGAGAAUUGAAUAUAUGUGUGCAAUUGUGUGGCCAAGUAGCUGUUGUAAAACUUUAAAAUUACCUAAUAAAAGAUCAUUUGUAACUCCUUU